AUGUGUACAAGUAGUAGUGAUGGUAGUGGUAGUGAUGGUAGGCUACCAACAUUUAUAAUUAAUCGUAUACUAGAGAUUGCUUGGAAGAGUAUAGAUUAUUGUACAUGUGUUAUUGAUGAUCAGUCAACUAGACCGUUUCGAUACACAUUGUACGAGAGUAGUAUAAGAGAGAAAAUGUUGACUUAUCAUCCAUUACAGUAUCUACAGCACUUGAGCUAUUUGAAGAGAUACAAUGCAUCAUGUCCACUUCACUCGCUAUACAAUCAAACCAACUACUUUGAUAAUCCAAUCUACCAUUAUAAAGGUGGAAUGGAUGAAAUAAACAACAACACCAACAACUCCAACAACAACAACAACAACCAAAAACCUUCACCAGUCACUUCUUCCAAUCUAUUCAACACCUACUAUGACAAUGAUAGUGUCUCUCUUGACUUUGACCUCAGCUCCUACAACAAGUCAUGGGUUAGUAGUAGUAAUGGAUACACUAAACUAAGUGUAUUCAGUCUACAAAGAUUCAUGGACCUAGUACAACCUUUGGAGUCGACCAUUUCGCCAUACCAUCUAAAGUUUAACAAAGUCACCAAAUUAGAACUUGAAAAUGAGUAUGGUAAAAUAACAGACUAUACUCUAUUGGCAGAGGUUAUGCCAAAUGUCACUAAACUAGUAUCACACUCGUUGUUGCCUUCCCGUCUAGACCUAUUUGUCAAGUCAUUUAAAUUUGUCGAUUCAUUUGACUUUCAACGUGUCACUUUAAAAGAAUUGGAUAAUAAUGCUACAGACAGUAAUUCAAAGUUACAAGACAUGUUAACAUCACUCAACCAAGGACGUCCAUUUAAAAAGCUUUUGUUACCACCUCACAUGGUAGAUCAUUUGGUAUUAAUUGAUCUACCAACUAUUGUCAAACAGUCAUUAGAGGCAACUUGCUUUAGAAUAUCUUCUAAUCUAUCAUCUGAAACCCAACAUUUCACCAAAUUAAAUCAUAUCAUUAUUUAUCCACCCCUUUCACCAUUACAAUUUGACAAUCAAUCAAUCACAUCUGACAACAUUAAACUAUCAUCAACCAUUAAAAGAGUAACAUUUAGUGGAGUUGGAUUCAUACCAUCACAAUUUUUUACUGUCAAUCCACAAAUCAAAGUAGUUCGAUUAGUUUAUAAAUUGGGAACAUUUGAACAAUUAAUUAAAUUAAUUCCAGAGGAUUUGGCAAAUGUUCACACAAUCAUUAUUUUAAAUUUCAAUUCUGAUCUUUUUCAAAAUGAUAUAGAAUAUUUAAAUAAUCGAGGUUUAAACUUUUAUGCUUCAUUAAUAUCUUCAAAAAAAUCUUUUAAUAGAAAGGUUAUAAUUAAAAUUAAUCAAAAUCAAAAUAAUCAAAAUAUUAAUAAUAAUAAUCAAAUUAAUAAUCAAAAAUUACCAAAUAGAAUCAUUUAUCAAAUAAUUAAAGAAUGCUGGAAUGGGUAUAGUCGCUGUACUUGUAGUUGGGAUUUAAAUCGAUGGGAGAGUCUAAAGGUGGAGGAAUUAAGAAGUUCAUCGAUCAUUUCUAAAUUCCUUCAAAUGGUUGAACAAUGUCCACUACAUCGGUAUCAUCAAGUUGCAACGUUUUUGGAACCAAUUAAAAUACAGAAAAGACAAUUAGAGUUGUCAACUAUCAACAAGAACUUGUUUCAAUAUAUCAGUAAUAAUUUAUUCACGUCGAAUCAUUUAGCUUCAAGAGAUGGAUUCGAAAAUCAUAUUGAUAAUCCUUAUUGUCUGUUAAAGAAUGUCAAUCGAUUGGAAACCAUCUUUUUCCGUGACAAGAAAGAGUUUUAUCAAUCAUUGGCAGAUAAUAAUCGUGUGGCAUCAUCUAUCACACGAUAUGAAGGAUACGAGUUACCUCCAUUCGACCCACUCCCCAAGCAACUGACUCACAUCAAAUUGUUUUCAGAUGGGUCCGUUUGGCUCACACAAAUGUUGUCUCACAGUACACUAGUGUCUCUGGACUGCUCCUACACAUCACUCAAACUAAAAGAAACAGAUAUGCAAAGCUUUGCAAAUCUCAUUCAUCUCAAAAAGUUGUUUGUCAAUUUAGCAGAUUCUCCAAUGCUCGUUCAUCUACCCAAUACCAUCAAACAACAACUUGAAGCAGUCUCGUUUAAACCAUCCGAUCAAAUUGACGAGUCACAAGGUAUGGCAGAGCAAUACCCAAAUCUAAAGAGUAUUACAAUCAACCGUAUAGCUGGAUCUAGUAUCCUCACACCAAUAUUCCCACCGACCAUUGUCAGAAUGUGUUUUGCACAUUUUAUGGUUGUUCCAGAGGUUAUCAACAAGAUAUUACUUGCCAACCCAUCCAUUACAACUAUAAAGAUCAAUUCAUCUCUAACCAUCACCAAUACAAUCUUGUCUAUUCCAGAUACCAUCCCACCAACUCUACAAACCAUCAUCAUCUCCAAAUCCCGCCAAAAUCAAGUCAACCAAUUACCAACCUCUAUUGAACGCAUCAUCGACACCCAUCACUACAAGUACUUUGCAAGUACAAAUUAUCAAACUAAAUUUAUUUUCACACAAAAAAGAAAAUAA